GUGAAAUGGAGAAGGUUUUGAUAAGUCACAAGGGCCGUUUAGUUCAAGUGCAAUAGCUGACCGGUCGGUGUGUCCACGCGUCUCCAACCCAAUAAUGGCUUCGGAAAGAAAUCUGGUGCUUAUUCUGUCGCUCCUGGCGUUAAGGAGUUGUUGGCUAGCUGAAUUACCGGUAGUAUCCGGUGGAAUGUUGCAACCGUAUGCGGAAGAUGAAGCACGACAAAAUGAGAUAGAUGAGAGCCCUAGAAACGUUUCAAACAUCGGAAAACAGGAGAGUGAGGCUUUGAAGGCUCCCUUGAUAAAUAUGGAUUGGUGGACUUGGUUGACGAAUGUAGUGCGUUUACCAAUUGUUAGUGUAUUUGCGUAUCGCACUGAGCCGAGGAAUUGUCCAAUAUGUUCAUGCGGAAAACGUAACAACGAUUCUCGAAUAGUUGGCGGCACGAAUGCCCAGGAAGACAGGUAUCCCUGGAUGGUAGCUCUGUACUACAAUAAUCGGUUUAUCUGCGGAGGUUCUCUGAUCAACGACCGAUACGUUCUGACGGCAGCCCAUUGUGUUUACAAUACUGAUCGCAGUCUGUUCUCCGUGAAGUUCCUGCUGUACGAUCGUGGACGCCCUGCUCCGGAAUCCUUCGAACGGCGAGUUUCCUAUAUCAUGACCAACUGGUUUGUGAAUGCGGUUGUAUUCAUCAUGAAUGAUUUAGCGUUGCUCAAGCUGAACGAAACGGUUCCGAUAAAUGACCAAUUGUAUCCUGUCUGCAUGCCGGUGGAAGGCGAGACCUACGCUGGAUUCGACGGUAUCAUAACCGGUUGGGGAAAGUUGGGCAACUUCAGCUUCCCCAGGAAGCUUCAGGAGGUGGCGGUUCCGAUACUGUCCAGCGAAGAGUGUAUGAGUCAAAGUGAAUAUUUCAAGUUCCAAAUAAACGAUCGUAUUCUAUGCGCGGGGGUUCCCGAAGGCGGCAAAGAUUCCUGCCAAGGAGAUAGUGGUGGGCCUAUGCACAUUAUUGAUCCCAGCACCGAAAAGUACAUCCUGGCAGGAGUAGUGUCCUAUGGUUUUGGAUGUGCAAGGCCCAAGUAUCCGGGAAUAUAUGCGAGAGUCAACCGAUUUCUGUCGUGGAUCAACUUCAAUACUCGCGAUGCGUGCUGGUGUAUUUGCGGUGUCAAUGGUCGAUCGAAUAGGAUCGUCGGUGGAGAGGAAACCAACGCCCACGAAUACCCAUGGUUGGCAGGACUUUUCCGCCAAGGGAAGCUGUACUGCGGUGCUUCGGUCCUCACCAAGAACUAUUUAAUCACUGCGGCGCAUUGCGUUAACUCCUUCGAGCCAAAUGAAAUCAGGAUAUACCUUGGUGGACACAACAUUGCUAAGGACUACACUGAACUACGGCGAGUGAAGCGAAUCGUCGAUCAUGAGGACUUUGACAUUUUUACGUUCAACAAUGACAUCGCUUUGCUGGAAUUGGACAAACCCCUGCGUUAUGGACCCACAAUUCAACCUGCGUGCCUUCCGGAUGGAGGCGAACAUGAUUUCACGGGGUCGUUGGGAAUUGUUGCCGGUUGGGGACGCAUCGAGGAGAGACUACCACCAUCAAAGACGCUUCGAUCGGUUAUGGUACCGAUCUGGUCCCAGCAGCAGUGCUUGGAGGCAGGGUACGGCAGUAAAAAGAUUUCCGAGAACAUGAUGUGUGCUGGUUAUCACGAUGGAAAGAAAGAUGCUUGCCAGGGUGACAGCGGUGGUCCUAUGCAUAAAAUGGGCAAUGCUGGUAGUAUGGAGGUGAUCGGAGUGGUGUCCUGGGGUAGAGGAUGUGCUCGGCCCAACCUUCCUGUAACGCAGGAUGGAGGAGUGGCGACUGGCGGUAAGAAGAAUCCUUUCGCUAGACGCAGUGGCUCCGAGAGGUCUCCCCAAAGGUCGCCGGGGGAAGGCGAAGGAGAAGUCCGUGGAGGGUCUGAGGAGGUGCCGGUCGAAGUGAAGAUGGACGGCCCCACCCUGACCAGAGUCAUCAACUCGGUGAUGACGAACCACGAAGAACGCGGUGGCCAGACGAUGGAGGUGAUCACGGACGUUUCGGACGUGAUCAUGUCGUUCCUGGACAACCGCGUUAACUACAGCAAGGAUCUCAAACUAGCUGUACAGGCGCUCUGCGCCCUAGUAGUGGAGGCAAAGUCCGAGUGGAGGACCCUACUAGAGGCCAGUAAGAGUGCGGAGCGAGAAAUCCGCAAAUUUACGGAGCGGAACGCCAGGCGGAGAAGGACAAAGAGGAGGCUGAAUCGAAGGAAAACGGUUGGCGGAGUGCCAGACCGAGAAACUACGCAGGAGGAUGGCCGUGACAGGGGCAACUCCGAAGCUCACUUGGUCCAGCGUACCCAUUGCUUGACCAGUUUCGAGACCAGUUCAUCUGGAAUCUGCACGUCCCAGCCAGAUAUGCUGCACGAGUACUUUUCCGUGAACAACAAAAACGGCUACCAGCCCAAUGGAAUCGAAGAUACUCAUUACGACGCGCAAAACUUCUCUCUUUCUUGGACCAGCACCAUCAUAAACGAGAGAAAAAAAAUCGUACAAAAGAUGAGCACAAAAAUGAAGUUCAAAUCGACGGCUGUGAUAGUGACCGUUGUCGGUAUGCUGCUGCUGGCUGUGAUGGCGCGGAGGUGUCGAGCAGCGACGGGCUGGUACGGUAAUCAGACCGAUGUUGACUACCGAGGCGGUCGAUUUCUGUUCGAUGCACUCUUCGGAUUGGAUACGGGCGGCUUCUCGCUUGUUGACGAGGAUGUAUCGGACGGGACCAACCUGGUCCGGGGCUGCGAUUGCGAGUGUGGAACCGCCAAUCAAGAGACUCGCAUCGUCGGAGGGCGACCAACCGGCGUGAACCAGUACCCGUGGCUUGCUCGACUGGUUUAUGAUGGGCAGUUCCACUGCGGCGCUUCGCUGCUAACCAAGGAUUAUGUGCUCACGGCAGCGCAUUGCGUUCGGCGAUUGAAGCGGAACAAGAUUCGCGUCAUCCUGGGCGACCACGAUCAGUUUCUCACAACGGAAACGGAAGCGAUCCAACGAGCAGUGACAGCCAUCAUCCGGCAUAGGAGUUUCGAUCAGAACUCGUACAAUCAUGACAUUGCACUGCUGAAGCUGCGAAAACCAGUGGAUUUUAAUAAAACCAUCAAACCAGUUUGCUUACCGAAGGACCGUAGCGAGCCUGCGGGAUCAACUGGAACCGUGGUGGGAUGGGGUCGCACUUCGGAAGGCGGAACGCUACCAGGAAUCGUUCAGCAUGUAGACGUUCCCAUUCUGACACUGGAUCAGUGCCGGAGUAUGAAGUACCGGGCUUCGCGAAUAACAUCAAAUAUGUUAUGUGCUGGAAAAGGAAAGCAGGACUCCUGCCAAGGUGAUUCCGGAGGACCAUUAUUGGUGCGACAUGGCGACAAACACGAAAUCGUUGGUAUUGUGUCCUGGGGUGUUGGAUGUGGGCGAGCGGGUUAUCCGGGAGUUUAUACAAGAGUGGCUAGAUAUUUACCCUGGAUACGAGCCAACAUGGAUGACACUUGUUUGUGCACCAAUGGCCAACUGGAGGAUUUGUGCGUUUUCCGGGAUUCGUUUCAAUCUGCUGUGGGUUCUCCAAACGACAUUGGAUCCGUUGAGAAGUUACAUUGUUUGAAGGGUCCUGUUGAGAGCGAAGCUGCGCGAAUUCUCGAUCCAAUCAAGGUUUGUGAACAGGGUUACAAUGAUGCACUUAACCUACGUUCCGAAAAUAAACGGCAACUGAUCAAGUGCCACAUAAAAACACUUUUCGACACUCCCGCGAUGCGUACAGAGUCAGCCGAGGAUCUGAUUGCGCUAGUCGAUCGAUAUUUACAGCAAAUUUCGGUAUUGAAGAGUUUAGGUGAACCAGCUGACAAGUGGAGUUCGCUUCUGGUUUGUACGCUGCAGGGAGUGGAAAAAUCACUGUAUACUAGGCUUGACCCUGACAAUAUUGUCUCUGUCCUGGGAGCAAUCGCUUCGACAUCCAGCACAGCCACUGACGACUCAACAUCCAUGCCAUCCUGGAAGACGUACAGCAUUCAAAAGGGUGGUCUCCAUCCGAGCGAUACUGCGAGGAACAUUUCGUUGAACAUACCGUGUGAAAUCCUGAUGGUCGCUAUGUUGUUAAGCUGCCGAAACGUGAAGAGCUGCUGUCAAGCAUUGGGGACAACUGGUACAAUACUACGCGGCGUUUCUGCUCCCUGGAACGGGUCACUGGGACACAUGCGGGUGUUCGACCCAAACGAACGAUAUACUAGACCUCGAUACUACCUUCCCCACCAUGCAGUGAUCAAGAUGGACAGUACCGCCACCAAGCUCCGGACCGUCUUUGAUGCGUCUUGUCCGUCGAAAUCUGCCCUAUCGCUUAACGAUGUUCUGCUUGCUGGCCCCACUAUCCAAGACACUCUAGUUACGAUCGUCACUCGUUUUCGAAUCUUCGAGUUGAUCGCCUCGGCUGAUAUCGAGAAAAUACUGUUGAAAAGGCUAACUGACAAUGCAGAACAACAAUUUACCUUGACAGCACCAGUGCUCCGUCGUGACUUCUACGUCGACUAUCUGCUGUCUAGCUCCAACGACGCUGGUCAUUUAGUUUUGGAUGCCAUUCCGCCGGAGCACUUGCAGAGUUCAACAUUAUCCAUAAAGCCAAUAGCAGUGGCAAUAACAAUGAAGCGCUCGACUUCCUGUUGCGGGUGCUUCUUCCGUGUGGUGGGGGUCUUCCUGGUGGUUGGAAUGCUGACCGUGGAUGCCAAACUGGCAGCCCAUGGAAAAUAUCAGAUGAUGGCGACGCCGAACAAAAACACAGACGAACGCAGCCUAAUGGAUAGCGUGAAGUUGGUAUUCGGCAGGGGCAGUAACAAACCACCGGCUCACGAUACUCCCAGCAGUGCCUGCAGUUGUCGUUGCGGCGAACGUAACGAUGCUUCACGAAUCGUCGGUGGCCAGCCAACGGGGAUCAAUGAGUUUCCUUGGAUGGCCCGGUUGAGCUACUUCAAUCGGUUCUACUGCGGAGGAAUGCUGAUCAACGAUCGCUACGUGCUGACGGCAGCCCACUGCGUCAAAGGCUUUAUGUGGUUCAUGAUCAAGGUGACGUUCGGGGAGCACAAUCGCUGUGAUGAUGCCGUCCGGCCGGAGACCCGCUUCGUGCUGCGGGCCAUCGCUCAGAAGUUUAGUUUCCUCAACUUUGACAACGACAUUGCACUGCUACGGCUGAACGACCGUGUCCCGAUAACCGACUUCAUUCGGCCAAUCUGCCUCCCAACCGAUCCAGUGAAAACGUACGUCGGUAUGAACGGCUUGGUGACCGGUUGGGGCACCCUGAAGGAGGACGGCAAACCAUCGUGCAUUCUGCAGGAGGUCGAAGUGCCCGUGCUUUCCAACGAUGUGUGCAGCAGCGAGACCAACUACACCGCAUCGAUGAUAACCGAUAACAUGAUGUGCGCCGGAUAUCUGGGCAAGGGCAAAAAAGAUUCCUGCCAAGGUGACAGCGGAGGCCCACUAAUUGCGGAACGGCCUGACAAGCGGUACGAACUGAUUGGGGUCGUGUCCUGGGGCAAUGGCUGCGCCCGACCAUACUAUCCGGGUGUGUACACCAGAGUGACACAGUAUCUGGACUGGAUCAAGGAGAACUCGAACGACGGGUGCUUCUGUAGUGAGUGAAGAAAACCUAUGAUACCACAAUUGAUUUGACGAGUGACUCUAGAUGAUGUUUUAAUUGUUUACUGAUUUGAGAAAAGUAGCAGUUCAAUGGUAACAGCAACGUGUAAUUUGUUACUUGAUGUAAAAAUUUGUACCUAGAAAUACUGGAGGGUAGCUGACCUAACAUCGGAUCCUCGAAAUUAAUUGUAUUGUUCUGAAACCGCAACCACUCUUAAACUCUCUGUCGCAACGGGGGUAACUAGCGAGAAAAACGAACAUAAUAACGAUGCGGAACGAAAUGAGUAAAAACGAUUGCAACUCGAAACACGAAAAGACUUGCUGAAAAAAUUGUAUGAAUAGGAACAAAACAGCGGAGUAACGUUAAGCUACAUAAGUAACCGAAUUAAUUUAUAGAACUAUUGUGUAGGAAUAAAACAAAAGAAAGAUGAAAAAUGA